AUGGCCGAAGAAACUUCUGCACCCGCUGAGGCAGAGAAUAUUGCCGUAUGUAUUCGUAUACGACCAAUGAAUGAGCGAGAGAUACGAUCGAAUGACAUUCACGCCUUGUGCUGUGUCCCGUCGCUUAAAAUGGUGUCAAUAACAGACCCAGUCACAGGCGCGCCUCUCUCUACCAAAGGAAACGUUUUCCAAUACGAUGAAAUAUUUGAUACUACAAGUAAUGCCUAUUCUAUGUACGACCGUGUUGGUCGUCGAAUCGUACGGUCCACAUUAAAUGGAAUCAAUGGGACAAUCUUUGCCUACGGCCAGACGAGUUCAGGGAAAACAUUUACAAUGCAAGGAGAUGGUGGAAUGCCUUUUGAAAUGGAAGAAGCUACAAGUCGGUCUGGACUGUUACAGUUGGCCAUUGAAGAUAUUUUCCAGUAUAUUGAGACAUGUAAAGAUCGAGAUUUUCUGCUUCGCGUUUCCUUUUUAGAGAUUUAUAAUGAAGUUGUCAAGGAUCUUUUAUCCCCCACCACCACCCUCAAACUUCGUGAAGAUCCCAGAAAAGGGGUGUAUGUGGACUGCAAGGAAGAAAUUAUUACAAAUGCUGAAGAUAUUGUUACGUUAUUACAAACAGGCAAUCGAAACAGAACAGUCGGGCAUACAGCUAUGAACACAAAAAGUUCACGCUCGCACAGUGUGUUUCGAAUUGUGAUUGAGAGUAAAGAAAAGGCAGAUUCCACACGAAGACUCUCGGAGGAAGAUGUGAAUGGUGCUGUACUAGUUGCAAGCUUGAAUCUCGUGGAUCUUGCAGGUUCGGAGAGUUUAAGACAUACGGGAGCAGAAGGAAUUCGACAACGAGAAGCUGGGAAUAUAAACAAAUCACUCUUGACACUGGCACGUGUGAUCAAUUCGCUGGCUAGUUCAGGAGGAGGUGGACAGAAUGCACCAUUUCGAGACAGCAAACUCACCCGUUUGCUUCAAAAUUCACUCGGUGGUAAUACACGAACACUUAUUAUUUGCUGUGUAACCCCAAGUGACAAGUACAUUGAGGAAACGAAAAGCACGUUGCAGUUUGCAGCCCGUGCCAAAGAUAUUCAGACAUCAGCAAUGGUAAAUGAGGUACUAGAUGAUCAGACUCAACUGCGGCGUCUCAAGCGUGAGGUGCAUGAGCUAAAAAAGCUCGUCAACUCUGAAGCUUUGAACGCUCUAAAAGCUGAGAACGAGGCACUGAUCAGUGAAAAGAAUCAUAACAAGACGGAGAUGGCACGACUUAUGGGACUUAUUCUCUCCAGCUCUUCAGUAACAAAAGCUAAUACUGUGAGUAAGAAACGCAAGCGGCCGAAAUGCAUGAGGGAAACGUGGGGACCGGGCGAUUUUCCUGCUGAUAUCAAGCCAUUACGUGCAUCGUCACCCAAUUGCUAUCCACGAAAGCGCCAUUCUUCAACAAAAGAAAAUUCGGAUCCUCAGACUCUUUUUCGUGUUUACGAAGAUGUCGAUGACAAUAUAGCGAAGGAAGAGAACCCUGCAUUCGCUUCAACAACCGACAAAGUUAAGCUGAAACCAACUGACGUGGAUGAUAGCAGCAAGAAUGUAAUUGAUAUAUUUUCAGCAGUCUUUCGAAGCUACAAUGAUGAAAAGUGCGAGGAUCCCAUCGCUGCAGUGGAAGCAAUCGUGAACGAGAAAAGGACGUCGCUUGGUAGUGACUUUGAGCAUGCCGAUGUGCUAGCGGAAAUAAAAAGGUUGAUGGUUACUAACCUGCAGGCGAAGAGUGCUAUCGAUGAAAAAAUAGUACUGGAGCAGACGGUGAAAGAUCUGCGUCUACAGCUGAACGAAGGGAGUGCUGAACGCGAUUGCUCCAAAAUUGCCUCGAAAGCCGAUAGUUUCGCUGAAGAAGUGAUGGCCGAAUUGGUUUCCACACAAGAGUCCUUGGCAAAGGAAAAAAAGCGCUGUCACGACUUGGAGACGGAAAAAGCUAACUCUCAGCAAAUGGCAGCAGAAGAAUUGAACGCUCUUCGCUGUCAGCUGGAAACAUUGAAACUCGAUUCCACUACGCUGCAACAACGAUACAGCCGCGAAAAAGACGAGCUUAUAGCCACUGUCGAGACGCUUCAGUCGAGGCUUCCGCUGCCCAAUAUAGGAAACAAAGCUUCAUCACCAGAACACGAGAAGAAGUUACAAGAGGAAGCGCCUAGCACAGACGAAACGAAGAAUGCUGUUGUGGACAAACUUGCACAAGAACUACAAAACAUCAUGCAGGAGCUUGCCUUGCUGCAGUCCGAUCACGAGCGAACGGCUUUAGAGAAGGAAGAGCUGCAAGCAGAGACAGAGAGAAUGACGAUGGAGUUUGAGGUCUCGCAGCGCCAAUGUUUUGAAAUGAGUGAAACGUUAAUGGAGAAGGAGCAUAUUGCAAAGGUCCUGCAGGCACAGCUAGAUGCGAAGCUCGUGACGAUUUCACAGAUGCAGACAAAGCACAGUGAUGAAGUUAAAUCACUACAACAGAGCAUCCAGGAACUUGCGACUGAAAAAGAACAGCUUCUUACUAGAAUCCUGGAGGUUGGUGCCGCAGAAAACACUGCUACAGAUGAAACAGAUCCCGCAAAGCCGGCAAUCGAAUGCAUCGAUAACGCUAAUGAAUGUUCCUUGGCGGCGAAUAAAACUCAAAAACUACGCUCAGCAGUGAAGCAAAUGAUCGAAAAGCUUGCUGCUGUCGAGUCAGAGCUUGCAGAUGCGAAGACAACUUUACGCUCGACAGAGCAUUCUUCUGAGCCAAAUGAGCUUAUGAUUGCAUUAGACCAACUGAAACUUGUUCUUGACAACAUACAGCAGGCAGGCAAUUCUCUCUUGACCGAUUUUGUGGAACAACAAGAGCAAAUAGUAAAGGUGUCUUCACCUGAUGAUCCGAAUACCGACUUACUGGAUUGCUCUGAGCAGCGUUAUAACGCACUGAAGGAAGACUUCGAGAGGGUUACAGAAGAGCUGGAGCAUGUGUCGCAUGAGCGCAACGACUGCAUGGAGGAGCUUCGGGCCUUGGAGGCCCAAUUGAUGCAAGUAUCCGAAGAGAAAAUGAAGUGUGCGAUCGCCGCCGACGAACAGGAAUACAAGCUCCGUGAAGCGCAGCAAGUGGUCUUGUCUACCUCGGCGACGAUCACAACUUUGCAGGCACAGCUGGAAGACACUCAAUCAACUAAAGCGACUUUGGAAGCUAGCAAGGCAGAGCUUGAACAAAACAUGAAAAAUCUUCAGACCGCUUGGACAACUUUGCAAGCAGACCACGCCGCGAUUGUGGAGCAAAUUCAACACGGUAACACAGGACUCAAGUCUGAAAACGAAAGCAGUGCCACUGAGCCGGAGCAUCUACAGCAGCGUCUUGAGUAUGAAUCCAAACAGCGUGAAAAGCUUCAACUUGACGUGCAGUCAUACGAAGAAACGUUGUCUGUCUUACGCAAGGAGGCAAAAGAUAACUCUGACACGAUUGCUGAUCUUUCGGAGAAAAUCAGGAUACUGGAAUCGGACCUCGAUUCGGCUGCUUCUACUCAACAGCAAAAAGACAAAGAGUAUGCGACCUUGAGGAAUGCCCUGACGAUGUCGGAGGAGGAGAAACAGGAGAUGCGUCUUCAGAGUAAGCAACGUCUUGUUGCAGCCGAAGGGAAAGAAAUGGCGCUUCAAGAUAGGAUAUCGGCGUUGGAGCUUCAGCUAAAGAUGUCUUCGACUGGUGUGGAUAUGGCACAUGCACCGCUACAGAAUGACGUAGAAUCAGAACUCAUAGAGGCAAGGGCGAAACAAGCCGAGCUUCAAUCCAAGGCAACAGCGCUGGAGAACCAUUUAUCAGAAGCACGACAAGAGCUGCUCAAACAGGAUGACGAAUGGAAGAAGAAAGAAGCGUUGGCAAAGACGGAGCUUGCUCGUUUGACGACGGAGCUGACACAACGUCGUGAUGAAGUGUUGACUCUUAAAACUAGCAUUGGAGCGUCGCAGCACGCUUUGGAGGUGCAAGCCGAAGAACUGCUGAAGGCACAAGGAUCCUGCACAGAACUAUUGGAGCAAAAGGAAGUGGUGCGACGAAAACUCGAAGCAGCAGAAGCUACGUGGGAAGGGAAGCAACAAGAAUUGAUGCGUCAGUUGGACAGCAUUCGUGAACAGUUUCAAGAAGCACAAGCAGAGCUCAAAGGGCACCAGAAGAACGCAGAGGAUGAGAUUCACCGACUUUGUUCUGUUAUCGAGAAGAAGGAUGCUGAAAUCGGUAAACUCAAGCGCGGUGCCGAAGCAAAAGAGGAGGACUGGAAAGUCCGAAUCAAAGAGCAGGAGAAGUGGCAAAAGCAGAUUAAUAGCCGACAAGAAAUGCUGCAAGCGGAAUACAAUGAGCUUGACAUUGAGCGUCAACUGUUGAAGGAGAAGUGUGCUGCCGUUGAGACUCAGCGUAUAGAGAUUGAGGAGCAGCUUCGAAACGAAACUAAUGAGCUACAACAGAAAGUUGCCGCUGCACAGGCGCAACAAGCUAAUUACCAAGGUAAGCUGAAGGAGAUAGAAGCUCAGUUGGAGGUGACCGAGAACGAAGUGACUCGAAACCGUCAUGAGUUGAAGAGCCUUGCGGAAUCGCUCAAGUCUGCACAGAUGGAGGCUGUAAACAACCACAAUAAGCAAGUGGAAGCCCAGCUUGCAAAGGAAAGCAUGGAAAAGCUUGUCGAGAGACAGAAAGCACGUAUCGAUAAACUGGAUAAGGUCAAAAUGACGACAGAGACGCUGGAGCUGUUCCGCAAGCUGAAAAAAGCCCGAUCCGACUUGCAGGUCAAGGUGCAGGACCUGCAAAAAGACUUGGCUCAGGCUUUGUCACGAAGCCGAGGAGACCAGCUGGAAAAUGAACACUUGAUAGUGAAACGUAAGGAAGAGGAACUGAAGUUGUUAAAGGAGCAAGUUGGAGAGCUUCGCAAAGCCAUUCGCCAAGCACGAGAUGACAAGGCGACGAUGCGAGUGGCGCUAAACGAUGAGCGCGAGAAAGCUGAGCACGAGAUCCAGGAAAUGCAAACGUUAGUGAAGGAAAAGAUGGAGCUUGUCGAAAACCUAGAGUCGCAGUUGGCGUCAGUCGAGGAUGCAAUGGCGAAGCUCCAAGAGGAGAAGAGCGAAAAUGUGUCGUACUUUGAGAAGGAAAACCUUGAGCUCCAUGUGGAAAACAGGGAGCUAAAGAAGCAGUUGGCGUUGACCUCGCUACCUAAGAAGGAUGAAGGGAUGGGAGACACGGGCACCUACGACGUUUCUGCCGCCGCGGCAGUAGAAGUACUUGGUGAAGACAGAUUCAGAUUCAACAAAGAAUCCAAGGUGGAUGUAGUUGACUGUGCCGCUACGACUGAAACGUCAGCUCGACCGCAGGAAGCACGUGUUACCAAAGCAGGCGGUUUCUUGCUCUCAACAACCGAAAUGGACGCGACUGCUGCAUCCAGCCAGGAUGAACCAAAAGAAGGAGAACAACCCGAGUGCUCACAGCAGUAA